CUAGCUUGCCGCUCGGGGCUGCUGCGGUGCCGCUCGGUCGCAGAGAGAAAAGAGGACUCGCUGCUCCGGUUCGUACUUCUCCAAAUGCCCCCGGACACCGACAGCGGCCUCGGACCGGACGGACGGACGGACGGACAGCGGCGGCACCGCGACGCACGGGACUCACCGGGAACAUGGCGGCGGGAACAACCGCAGGCUCGGUGCCGUAGUGACGAUACAUCAGAGGAGCGACGAGGCUGGCGGGCUCUCACCGGAGGAGCAUCACUUUACUCAGGUCAACCAAUAUCACCGCGACACCUCAGAUAGUGCAGAGGCGAUGAGGGGGACCCUGAAGGCAGCAGCCCGUUUCUAAGCAACAACUUCGGCAACACAGCGUGCGGUACCACACACAUCAUGGGCUACAAGUAUUCCGGCGCGGCGAUGGACAGAGUCAGCCUGUUGUGGCGUCUGAGGCGUCGGGCUCGCCGUGGAGCGCUCUGCAUGGCCUUCUUCUGCAUCUCCAUGGCGCUGCUCUACGCCCUCUGCGCUGAAAACAGCGUGCCCGUCACGGACGCCAUCUUCGGGGUCCGGGCGCGAACCCGAGCUCAGCCUCGUGCACAUUCUGUCAUCAAGGUGCUGCGAGGUGGAGCCAAGCCCAUGUACAUCGACCCACAGAAGCUCCCAGGUGUCGUCCCAGGUGACCCUCACCGUCCAAUCCCUGUCCUCUCCUCUCCAAACCACACCCACGAGGUCGCGGACUCGACGCCAAAGAGGAAGACGAGGGGCCAGGAGCCCUCCGGGUUUUUCUCCCGGCUGCUGCCGCGCCCCUUCACUCGUGCGCUGGAGACCCUGUUCGGAGGCCGGCGGAGGGGCGAGCUGAGCGGCCGAGGAGAGGCCGAGUUCUUCGGGCCUCACGGGCUCCUGGGAGAGGUUUGGGACGACGAGAUGUCCAGUAACAUGCUGGGAAGCAGACUGAAGAAGGUGGUGCAGAAUUAUCAGUCGAUGAAUAAAUAUGGAGUCCAGCUCAGCGGCCCUGGCGGCGUCUCCAGCCGGCCCAAGCUGAGCAGUCACGAGCUGCUCUGCCAACUGAAGGAGAAGGUGGAGGUCACGACUUUGACCCCCGACCUCCAGCCCUUCUCUUCACUGCCCUGGGCCGCACAGCUGCCCCCGAACCAGCUGACCUCGGACCUCGGGCCUUACAGGAGCUGCGCCGUGGUGUCGUCUGCAGGGUCGCUCCGCUACUCUGGGCUGGGCAAAGAGAUCGACGCUCACGAUGCCGUGCUGCGCUUCAACGCGGCGCCCACCAGCGGCUACGAGAAGGAUGUCGGGUCGAAAACCACGAUACGCCUCAUCAACUCACAGGUGAUGGCGUCUGAUGACCAUCGUUUCCUGUCCAGUUCCCUGUACAGCUCAGGUGCUCUGGUGGCCUGGGACCCCGCCCCCUUCUCUGCUGACCUCACUCAGUGGUUCAACAGGACGGACUACCCCAUCUUCACCCAGUACCAGAGAUACAGGAGGGUUCAUCCCAUGCAGCCGUUCUACAUCCUGCACCCUCGCUUCGAGUGGCAGGUCUGGCAGCGGAUACAAGACAACAUGGCUGAGCCGAUCCAGAAGAACCCGCCCUCUUCUGGCCUGCUCGGCACCGUCCUGAUGAUGUCACUGUGCGAGGUGGUGCACGUCUACGAGUUCCUGCCGUCCCGCAGGAAGACGGAGCUCUGCCAUUACUACCAGCGUUUCUUCGACGCCGCCUGCACGCUGGGCGCCUACCACCCUCUGCUGUACGAGAAGAACCUGGUGAAACGGAUGAACCAGGGCUCCAACCGCGACAUCUACACCCACGGACGGGUCACGCUGCCUGGGUUCAGUACGAUGAACUGCACCCAGGCUGCUGGAGGCUCAACCAACCAGUGACUGGGAAAUAUAGAGAACCAGCACACACACACACACACACACACACACACACACACACACACACAAAGACAUGAUGUGAAGCUGAUCCCUGCAUGAAGACACAAAGUGAUGAGGACCGACGCACAAACACGUCGUUCUCACUGCCGAACCAACAGGAACGAAUAUAGUGCCGCUCACUAUAGAUACAUGAUGAUGUUAUAGGCUCACACACACACACACACACACACACUGAGAGAUGUGCCUGCUGUUCACACAUACACACACUUAAGAGGACAUUAAAGGACCACACCGCUGAUUUUCCUAAAUAAAUAAAUAAAUCCUAAAUAUUGAAAGCGUACAGUUUUAUGCUUCGACUGCUCCACCGUUUCUUCCUUUUUAAAAAUAUGACUUUAUCAAUCAUCACUAUAGUUGUUUAGUUUAGAAAACCCAGACACUUUCACUGUUAUGCAUCCUGAGCAGAUUUCGCGUCUGAAAACACAAGAACUGUGUGAAUCGGUGGAUUAUUUGGCUUAAAACAUGUAAAAAUCAACCGUGUGGUCGUUUUUAAAUUCUGAUCUUUAACCAAACCGAAGUCUUAAACUGAGAUUUGGCCUCAUCAGAAAAGAUCAGCAUCACAGAACACACACACACACACACACACACACACACACACACACACCUGCACAGAGUGAGCCUUCACCUCUCAGAUGUGUAAACUGUAAAUAUGAGUCAUUCCACUGUGAGGCGCUGCUCUCAAUCUUCCACUUACAUCUUUGACUUUUACUUUGAAACACAAUCCUGAAAGAAGCCGUGGAGAUAAUCUUUGUUUUUCUUCUUCUUCAUUUGACGGUGGAGUCGACGAGUCUAGAUCAGAUUCUGGAUCAGUUUUUCACUGCCGAUAACUGUUUCCGAGGACCGAUCUGAUCUGAGCUCAGUUUGAAAUCAGUCAUCUGCAUGUGUGAAAAAGACAGAACAUGCAGCUGCUUCACUUUUAGUUUCCUGUGGCUUGGAUUUUUUUGGGGGGGAUUUUUUACUGCCCUAUUUUCAGGGCUUCAAAAGCACCUCUUCUUCUUCUUCUUCUUCUUCUUCUUCUUCUUCUUCUUCUUCUUCUUCUUCUUCUUCUUCUUCUUCUUCUUCUUGGAGCAGCAGCAGGACGUCUUGGCUUGAACUCUCCAAAUGUGACAAAUCUUUUUUUUGCUCUCGAGAGGUAGUUUACUCACUGUGAUCGCUGGUGUGAAGUAGAGCCUCAGUAGAGAAACACCCACGUUAAGCUGGUUUAAAAAUUUUAAAAACACACCUGCUUCUUUCUUCUUCUCCAGAACAGAGUGGGAUAAAUAUUCUAAGUUCCAGGCUGCUGUUAGUUCAGAGUAUCUGCAGAUCUAGACGAGUCUUAAAAAGCAUUUAAAAUAGAAGGUAUUAAAAGUCUUAUUGAUUUUACAGAAGUCCUAAUCGUCGUCUCUUGGCUGUCAGGAGACGUUACACACCUGUAGACUAAAGUUUGCCAGCUCUCCCUUGUCUCCCCACAUGCUAGCCUUCAUGCUAAGCUAGCACGCUCACACUCUGUCCUGGAUCCACAGAGAAGAAACCGACUCUGGAGAACACGAGAGAACGACAGGAUGUCACCGAAAUGUUGUACUGCUCCUUUAAGGAGAGCUGAUGAAUGUUUCUACAUGACACACACACCUGCACACACACACCUGCACACACACCUGGAUCUAUUUAUUGAAGAAGAUACUGCCUGCAGAUGAAUCCUAACCUUUAACCUUUACAGUGAUCCAACAAUCCAGUAAAAACCGACAAGUUAACGUUACGUUUUGUACCCGCGUCCUGUAACGACCUGCUCCUACACUCAGGCUGCAACUGAUUAUUAUUUUCAUUAUCGAUUGAUCGUUAAGUUUAUUAAACACUCAUCACAAUUUCCCAGAAUCCAAAGUGACGUCUUCAAACUAUUUAUUCUGUCAGACAUGACAAAGAAAAGCAAAACAAAAAAACAAAGUCUCAGAUUUUUGCUUAAAAAAUGACUUAAAGCGAUUAAUUUCCCUCUUCACUCAUCGAUUGAUCAAAUAAUCGUUGCAGCUCUGUUCCCAAUAGUCUUUUUUAUAACUCUUAUAUAGUGUAUAUAUUAUAGCAGUAAUACAGGAGGACGGUCUUUACUGUGAUUAUGUGACUCGGCUUUGUGAAGCAGAACAGAGAGUUUAAUUUCUGCAAACAGCAAACAAGAACAUCAGCGGGAGGAUUGACGACUUCUGCAGAUUAAUGAGAGUUAAUGUGGAGUUACGCCUUCUCGCAUGUCUCAGAAUGAGAAGAGAAGCUGUCUGGUGAUACGUUACUAAAACAAAGUGUUUAAUUUGAGAGUAAUAACCUGACAUGAACAGAAACAGUCGUCCAUCUUUUAUUUGAACCCCUGAAAGAUAAAGAAGCAAAAACAAAAACACAUUUGAUAAACGUAUAAAGGAAAUUAAAGGUCGUCCACACCGGGAACUUUAACUUCUGGAUCAUUUUCAGAACAAUUUGAUGGACGAUUGAAUCUGUGACAGCCAAUCAAAAUCCUUCUGACUUUACAGGACGUCAGUCAGUUUGAUUUCAGGGACGAUGUCACAUAAUAAUAUUGAUUUCUAAGUGUAGCUGUGAGCUGAUCGAUGGCAUUCAAGAGACACUUUUCAGGUCUUCUCUAAUAACUCUGUUUUCUCGUUUAACGCUCAUAAAUCUAAUUAUUUAGUCUCUGCAGUUUGUUUAGAUGUUCUAUAAAAUGGAUAAUUCACGUUGACAGAACAACUCUUCACAUCUGUGUCUACAGAACGCCGACGUCUUUAUAGUUUUGUCGUGGAGCCCUCGAUCGUCAUCUGUGUCACAGCUUUGAAUAGUUUUUCUUUCUUUGCUGCUUCAUGAACUAAAACUCUCAGUCUGCUCACAUCUGCGUCACUUUCAGUGUUUCCACAGUGGAGAACAGCCUCCGGCGGUAUUACGACUUUUAUUCUAUUAUUACCAAACGCAUGUGAACCAUCUGUAAAAAGUGUUUUCUCCGAUGUAGUGUAGCAACAGGAGAAAACAAAGACGAGCUACGUCUCUGAUAAUAAGCAGAGAAUUGAUCCGCAUGGCACGAGUUCAGAUUUCACCCCUUGAUAUUUUUCUUUUUCUAAUCCAUCGAUGUAAAACUUUUUUAUUGUCGUUCACAUCGUCACACGUGAGCCGGGUCCUUUGCAUGAAAACACAGAAUGAGCCUGGAUUAGAUGGUGUGAGUUGAUUGAAGUGUGUAAUUAUCUUUUUUUUUUUUAUAAACAGUUAUCGGUUUGAUAUUGGACGUCGGGUCUUGAUAUAACUUCUCGUUUACGUAGAUAGAUGUUGAAUGGUUUUCUGUUUAAUUAAUGAAAACUAGAGCAACAUCACGAGACCAAAAAACAAUCUGAUGUACAGAGCAGAUCUGUAUCCUGUAGCAGACAAAUAAUGCAACUUUACUUUAGCUCAAUAUUUAUUGUUUUAAGUAAAAUGUGUCAGAAACUAUUGGAUGGAUAAAUGGUUCAAACAUUCAUGUCCCCUCUGACUUCUUCUGGGCGUUUAUGACCAAAAAUCUGACGGCGUUCCCAUCAGCCUCAGCUGUACUUUGUUGUUAGCAGAUGUUAGCAUGCUAACUGGCUAAACACAGACGCUAUCCAUGAGUUUCCUGUGGAGGUUACCGUGGAAACGUGAGCAUUGUGCGCAUGUUAGCAUGCUGAUGUUAGCAUUCAGCUCAGAGUACAGCUGAGCCACUGGCUGUUCACAUUUAAUAACAGACUUUAAGCCGGUGCAGCGAUGGAGCCGCCAUGUUUGACAUCUUUGAAGGUGACGGGGGACAUUAACGGGACAGCAGGUGGCGGUGAGGAGCCUCAACAUCCAUCUCAGAAUGUCUCCGCUGUUGUUUUUACUAAUCAUCUGAUCCAUGUUUUUUUUACCAGGACUUUAUUGUUUAUUCAGGAGGCAAACACUUGAAUAAUUGAUGUCAUUACAUUUCAGAAGAAAACUAGGAGACCAUGUUCUCUCUAUGCAGUCGCACUCUCCUCCUGCUCGUUUACUUUCUGCAGCGUUUGAGUGAAAACGUUGUGAUGUUUUAUUUUACGGAUGCACUGUUUUUUCCUCUGCUUUGCCUUCAGCCUCUUGGAGUCUAAGAGGAUUGUUUGUUAAGCUGUUUACUGUGUUGUGUGUUUUUUUUUUUGUUUUUUUUUAUGUGGUUGAUUCUAUUUAUUGUUCCUUUACUUUGCUUCCUGUGUAACUGGAUUCUUUUCUCUUGACGUGAGAACUGAAAUGCAAAGAAGAAAUCCUCUCAUCUGUCCUCGGAAACAUACGACUGCCUUCUGUUUUCUUUUCAGGGUUUGAAUUCAGUUUCCUUUAAACAGCUUUCAUAAAAACAUCAAGAGCUAAAAAGUGUAAUUGCCAAAUAAACAGCUCGCUUGUUCCGAA